AUGCAUAUUCUGGUAGUCAAUGACGACGGCCCGCCGAAUAAACGGCUCUCACCCUAUGUGCGCCCUCUCGUCGACGAACUCCAACGCGCAGGCCACCUAGUCAGCGUCGCCAUCCCGGCCGCCUCGCGCUCUUGGAUCGGUAAAGCACAUAUAAUCGAAGCCGCAUUGACCGCGCACUCCGUCCACCCGGACUCCUUCAACGACGACGGCACUUGGGAAGAAAGCCAUGAAUCAUCCGAGAACGACUGGGUAGUAAUUGAAAACGGGACACCCGCCAGCUGCGCCCAGCUAGGUCUGUACAACCUUUUUCCGGAUCGGCCGCCUUUCGAUCUGGUGAUUUCAGGUCCCAAUCAUGGCCGUAAUGCUUCGACUAUCUAUAACUUGUCGUCCGGGACUGUGGGUGGUGCGCUAGAGGCUGUUUUCUGUGGAAAGCGCGGUAUUGCUAUCUCUUUUGGUAGCAAGGAUCCGCAGCCGAUGGACAUCAUUGAGGCUGCGGCGCGUCUUGCGGUUAGGACUGUUGAUCAUCUGUGGCGAAAUUGGGAUGAGAGGGUAGAGUUGUACAAUAUCAAUGUACCUAUGCGCAUUGAUGUUGAGACUCAGCCUAUUCUAUAUACGCGCACUUUGCCUUAUUACUGGUCUCGAGGCUGUUUGUAUGCCGAGGCUGGGGAGGCUAAGAGCAAGAUGGUCAAUGGGUUGACGAAUGGUGUCAACAAUGUUAACGGUGAUUCGGAGGAGCAUCGCAAUGGUCAGGUUAAUGGAGUGAAUGGUCAUGCGGAGCAACCGAAGCGUAAAGAGCGCUAUUUCAAGUGGUCCGCCGAUCUGUCGGAUAUGAAGAAGAGACUACAGGAGAGUGAGGAAGGUACAGAUGCGCAUACUGUUUUGAACGGCGCAACGAGUGUCACUGCUCUCCGCGCCAACUUCUGGCAUGUCCCCGGUCUCGAAGGACCUUUGGAUCUGGACCAAUAA